AGGCAGUGUGGCAGAGCAGCCCCAGCGCUCGGUCCCCAGCUGGGGAGCGGCCUGCGGACAUCCAGCCCCCACCGUGCCAUCUGAGGGUGACUACAUCCCACCGCGAUCCCGCUUCCUGCCCUCUUCCCAUGGUCCCGGUCACCUUCCUUAGAGUCUGACUGGAAAGCCCCCUCUCUGUCCCUGCAGUUUGUUGUUCAUCCUGGUCCGAGCUCCACUUGGCAGGGUCCCUGCCCUGCGCCCCCUCACCCCUCACAGCGCAGCAUGCUGCGGCGCAGGGAUGGAGUCGGCCUUCCUUCCCACUCUCUGACAGCAGCCCUGGGCUGCUCCCAUCUCCGGCAGCUCCUUAGCACCGGCUGGGACCUGAGCAGGGGCUGCUGCGGCCAGCGGAAACAUGGGUGGGCUGAGACGGGAUUAGAUGUGGUCAGGGAAAUUCCAGCUGCCCCGUGGUUAGCACGGGGCUACUCCAGCCUCAGGAAGCCCCAUAGGGCCGCGCAUGCUGGCUUUCCUCAGUUGCUUCCUCCUGAAUAUCCGUUCCUGGAGGCUGCUGGACUGGAGCUGCCCAGGAGAGGCCCAAUGGAGUGGGGAGGCUGGUGGUGGUCACUGCUGCUACUGGUAUGUGUCCAGCUGGCUGAUGGCCAGUGUCCAGAGCUGUGCCAAUGUGUCCGCAUCGCCCAGGUAGAGUGCUCUGGUGCCAGCAUCACUGCAGUCCCCAGCCCCAUUCCUGCAAAUGCCAUGACCCUCCAGAUCAUCAACACACGCAUUACUGAGCUGGGAGACGCGUCCUUCGGCAACGCCUCCCUGCUGAUUGGGCUGCGCAUUGAGAAGAACAACCUGACGCGCAUCAGCCCCAGGGCCUUCCAGCACCUGCCCGACCUGCGCUACCUCAGCCUGGCUAGCAAUAAGCUUCAGAAUCUCCCAGUGCAGGUCUUCCAGCCUCUGGACAAGCUGGAGUCGCUUCUUCUCUCCAGUAACCAGAUCAUCCAGGUUGAGCCUGCACACUUCGCCCACCUGAGCAACCUCAAGGAGCUGCAGCUGCACGGGAACAACCUGCAGGAGCUGAAGGAGGGGGUGUUUGACCAGCUCACCAGCCUCACCAAGCUCAACCUGGCCAGGAACAACAUUGACCGCCUGCCAGCCCGGGCCUUUGAGCGGCUGGCACGGCUGCAGGUGCUGCGGCUCUAUGAGAACCAGCUCAGGCAGAUCCCUGCGGGUGCCUUCGAUGGGCUACCAGAGUUGCAGGAGCUGGGGCUGCACCAGAACCAGCUGGAGACGAUAUCCCCAGAGCUCUUUGUCCACAACAGGAACCUCCAGAAGCUCUACCUGUCCAACAACCUCCUUGCUACCCUGCCAAGCGGUGUCUUCUUGCCUCUGCAUGCCCUUGCCAAGAUCACCCUGCACGUCAACCGCCUGCGGGACAUCUCCCCCAGUGCCUUCGGGCCCAUGCCUGACCUGCGGGAGCUGUGGCUCUAUGAGAACGAACUCACCACCCUCCCUGAUGCUGUCUUCAGCAACCUCACCCAACUGCAGCUCCUCGUCCUCAGCAAGAACCGACUACGCUCAGUGGCACCAGGGGCUUUCCGGGGCUUGGGGGAGCUGCUGGAGCUGUCGCUGCACUCCAAUGCCCUGCGCCGCUUGGAUGCCCAGGUGCUGGAGGGGCUGCCCAAACUGCAGAACCUCUCCCUGCACCACAACCAGCUGCACGUGCUGCCACGGGGCCUCUUCAAGGCCACCCCGGGGCUGCGGCACUUGCAGCUGCACGCCAACACCCUGGAGUACCUGCCUGCUGGCAUCUUCUCCCCACUGUCAGCCCUGCAAGAGGUAAAGCUGCACAACAACUCCUGGCGCUGUGAUGAGGGCAUCCUGUCCCUGCAGAGCUGGCUGGAGGACAACCCCCACAAGGUGGGCGAGACACCCCCUCUCUGUGCCCAACCCCCCACCCUGCGGGGCACCCCCAUCUCUGGGCUGCUACAGGAUCAGCUCCUUGGCCCCCGGUCCUCGACUGCCUCCCCCCACCCCAGCACCCUGCUCCCCCCUCAUCCCUCUGAGGCAGCAUUGCCAGAGGGUGCCUGGACGGAGCCCCCCAUGGGCCUGCCAGCCUCUCCUCAAGAGGAGGCAGAGAAGGAGGAGGAAGAGGAGAGGGGGUGGUGGGGGCUGACACGUGUGCAGAGUGGGGUGAUGGUGGCAGUCAUUGUCCUGGUAUGCGUGGCCCUGCUUGCCGCUCUUGUGGCACUAGUGGUCUAUGGCUGUAGGAAGAAGAGCCAUGUUGAGCUUAUGAAAAUGAAAGCACCUAAUGAAGCCUGAGAGGAGAUGUGCUGGUGAGGCGUGCCCUCCCUGUGGAGCUGAGGCACACAAAGCCCCUGUCUCUGUGUCAGCUGCCCUUACCCAUUUGGACAGGCUGGCAUCCCCCCACAUGCUGCGCAUCUCCCUGUCCUGCUCUGCUUUGCACCGUCCUUGCUCUGCAGCAGGGUGUCCCUCUGGGUGACGUCCCACGGCUGCUCCCUGUCCCCAGCCCCUCCUGCCCCCAGUGCAGCCUCUGUGCUCAUCCCCUGGCUGGACGCAGCAGCCAGAGUGUGGGAUGCUGACGGACUCCUCUAGCGGGGACCCACAGCCUGGCCAUGAUGGUGCUUACCCCAGUCAACAAGACUUCCCCACCCUUCACAUUACAUGGUUCCCUCUGAUGAUGUCUGCCCUUGCACUGUCUGCUGACCUCCCCCAGCCCCUCUUCCCCCUCCUCCAUGCCUUCAGUCUCUGUCCUUGCCCGGGCAGGCGUGUGCCAGCCACCACGCAGGGCCAGGAGCCAAGCAAGCACCUUCGCCCCAAGCGGAGCUGCGUCCCUGUGCUGCUUUGUAGCUUUCCUGCGUCUGGGCAGGGAUCCCGAGGGCUGGGCAGCCUGGGUCUGGUGCUGCUGCUACGCUGGAACGCCCUGAGUGACUUGCUGCGUCUAAGCUGCCCUCCCUGCCCACAGGCAACGCGGCACAGAGCACAGCCAGCAUCUUGCAGCCUCCUGUUCCCCUCACGCUUGUGCAUCUCCUGCCAGGAGAGCUAUUGGGCCACGUGCCCAUGUGUGGGUGGAGCAGUAGAUCCCCUGAGCCUUCGUAUCACGCUGGUGCUAACCCUUCUGUGGCCAUGCCCCUGCUCACAGCACCUUGCCACAACCAGGUGGGUGAGCAGGAAGCUUGCACUGGCCACUGCUGCAAGGUACUUUGAGAGGUGGAGUGACGGGCGUGAAACAGAAGGGAGAGUUGGACCUGCUCCCUUCUGUUCCGGCUGCCCCUUCCCAAGGGCACAUUGCAAUUGCCUUUCCCCCUGUGAGGGUUCUCUGCCAGGGACUGGGAGAUGCUUCUGCACUUGUGCCCAAGAGCUACUGGGGCAUAGUGGGGCUCCUGCCCUAGGGGACUCUCCUGCUGCACCCCAUCUCUGCUCCUUGCUGCCUCAGCACCCUUGUGUGCACCCUACUAGCUGGUGAGCAGUCUGGCCCCACUCUGCCUGGCAAAGCUACACCGUCUCUUCCCCUCUCCUCUUCCUCUUCCCACCCCAAGCAUCCCCCUCCUGUGUGCCCAGUCUGGCUGCUGGCUCACAGCCCUCAGGCAGUGGCGAUGCUCAUGGUGCGUGCUGGGGAGGGGUCAGGAAGCAUUGGCUGCUCUGAGAAUCACUGGCAGGGGCCACACUGUCCCCUAGGAGCACCUGUGUCCAGUGGCUACCGUGCCUCCUCCAGCUGUGGCAUGGCCACAGAAGAGUCCAGCUUACCUCUACUCACGGUAUGGUGGUGCUAGACUGUCUGAGGAUCACUCCAAUGGGACAAGGGUUACAUUUGAUGUGCAUCCCAUGGUAUUGCCUGCUCGUGGCAACCUGUGAGACAGUGUUGGCACAAGCAGCCCUAUGUUUGUGUGCAUGAUGGGAUGUUCCUUGGGGUGGGGACCUGCAUGGUGUUGGGAGACUCAGCACCUUCCUGUGAGGCUGUUGGGUGCUGCUCUGUGACCUCUCCAUUAAAGUGCAGUUUUCCACCCUCGGUUCCAAGAGCUGUUUGUUUCUCUGCAGUGCACGGCUGGGGAAUGACCCAGAAGAGUCAGGAGCUGCACUUGAUUUUCCCUCUGCCAAGAGAUUUAUUUGUGCUGAGGAUAAACCUGUACAGGCUGGUGGGGCUGGGAGA